UUAACACUGGGAAAGCAGAAAAAUGGCAUCGGAAGACAUUGCUAAGCUUGCAGAAUCACUUGCCAAAACCAAAGUGGGUGGAGGACAGUUGAGCUUCAAAGGCCAGGGCCUUAAACUCAACACGGCUGAAGAUGCUGAAGAAGUGAUCAAACAAAUUGAGGAAUUUGAUGGCCUGGAAGCAUUGCGUCUGGAAGGCAACACCGUGGGUGUGGAGGCAGCAAAGGUUAUUGCCAAAGCCUUGGAGAAGAAGCCAGAGCUCAAGAGGUGUCAUUGGAGUGACAUGUUUACUGGGAGGCUAAGAUCUGAGAUCCCUCCUGCUUUGAUCUCUUUGGGGGAUGCACUCAUCACUGCUGGAGCCCAGCUGGUGGAGCUGGACCUGAGUGACAAUGCCUUUGGGCCAGAUGGCGUGCGUGGCUUUGAGGCGUUGCUGAAGAGCCCUGCCUGUUACACCCUGCAGGAACUCAAGCUCAAUAACUGUGGCAUGGGCAUUGGUGGUGGCAAGAUAUUGGCUGCUGCCCUGAAAGAGUGUCACAGGAAAUCAAGUGCGCAGGGCAAGCCUCUUGCUUUGAAGAUAUUUGUGGCUGGUAGAAAUCGUCUGGAGAAUGAUGGUGCCACUGCGCUGGCUGAAGCCUUUGGGAUCAUUGGGACUCUAGAAGAGGUCCAUAUGCCACAGAAUGGAAUCAACCAUCCUGGCAUCACAGCACUGGCCCAGGCCUUUGCUAUCAAUUCAUUGCUUAAGGUUAUAAAUUUGAAUGACAACACCUUCACAGAGAAAGGAGCUGUGGCCAUGGCAGAGACUCUGAAGGCACUUCGGCAGGUUGAAGUGAUCAACUUUGGAGACUGCCUGGUGCGUUCCAAGGGUGCCCUUGCUAUUGCUGAUGCUCUUAAAGAAGGACUUCAUAAAUUAAAGGAACUGAAUUUGUCCUUCUGUGAGAUCAAACGAGAUGCUGCCCUGUCUGUAGCUGAAGCUAUUGAAGAUAAGGUAGAGCUGGAGAAACUGGAUCUCAAUGGUAACUGCCUGGGAGAAGAGGGAUGUGAGCAACUGCAGGAGAUUCUUGAAGGCUUCAAUAUGGCAACUGUGCUGGGAUCGUUGAGUGAUGAUGAAGGGGAAGAGGAAGAAGAAGAGGAGGAGGAGGAGGAGGAGGAAGAAGAAGAGGAAGAAGAAGAGGAGGAGGAAGAGGAACAGCUGAAGGAAAGAGGACAGGGAGAACAGGACUCAAUGACUGCUAAGAUAAUUGGUGCACAGGAUUCAACUCCAGCGCCAUCUCCUCCUGUGGAUGUUGCCACAUUCCUUGCUUUCCCAUCACCAGAGAAGCUGCUGCGGCUAGGGCCAAAGUGUUCUGUGCUGAUAGCUCAGCAGACAGAUACAUCUGAUGUAGAGAAAGUAGUUACAGCUCUCUUAAGGAUAUCUUCAGUCUUCAAAGAUGAAGCCCCAGUAAAAACAGCAGUGCAUGAAACAACAGAUGCCUUGAUGAAAAAAGCCUUCUCUUCCGCCACGUUUAAUUCAGAUGCAUUCAUCACAAGACUCUUGAUCCACAUGGGGCUACUUAAGAGCGAAGAGAAGAUCAAAGCUGUCCCGAGCCUCUAUGGUAUCCUUAUGACUUUGAACCAUAUGGUCCAGCAGGAUUAUUUCCCUAAAUCCCUGGCUCCAGUUCUCUCUGCUUUUGUCACAAAACCAAACCGUGCUCUGGACUCCUGUUCCUUCGCCCGCCACAUGCUUUUACAAACCCUCCACCAGCUGUGAGAGGCUCAGCUGUGCCCUUCCCUCCCCACAGGACCAUCCUCAAGCAGAGAUGGCAGCAGAUCUCGGAGCCCACACAGACGUGCUGUCUUUCAUUUGCUUUUUGGCCCUGCUGGAGGUCUAUCCUUCCUUCCGCUUCCAUAAACUUGGACAAAUCCUGCUGCUUAUUUUUACUUUUUAACGUUGUUAUGAAAUGACUCCCUGAUCUGUGGGGCCGAUGCUCAUGCUCUGAGCUCAGCACGAGCUGAAGAGUCACCCUCCAUUUCUGUACGUAGCAUUGGCAAUGCUGUGCCGAGGUGAACGCAGAGCUUGGAAGCGCUCAUCAGGAUCAACCCCUGUGCAUUUUAUGUAUUAGACUGUGCAGGAGGACAGCUGUGCUGCCGCUGCUUCUCCAGCUGCUGCCUCAGUGGGGCAGGGUCUGCUCCCCAUCCCUUUUUCUUUCAGACCCAUUUAUUGAAGGCGCCGUGUAGCCAAUCUGUACUUUAGGGUACUAUUCCCCUGCUACUGUGGCUUGGAGUGUCUGUGUAGUGUGGCUGACCCGGCUGUCCAUUGCUUAAGGGAGCAACCAUAUUUUCUUUGUAACUUUCUUUUUUGUCACUGCCUGUGUAGUUUUCCUUUUCCCUUCCCUAUCUAAAUAGACUCAGUCUGUAAAUGAAUACAAUCCGUGAAAUCCA